AAUUCUUAUCAAUUUUCAAGUCGAACUUGUAAAUGAACAGUGCUGUAAAACAAGCAAAAAACGAAUUCUUAAACACGCACACAAGUAUACUUUGGCUUUCUCAGCAUUUUGCUUAUAGCUCCUCCUGUGUGCGCAGCUCUAUUUGUGUUGCUUGCCUAAGAAAAAAGUCUAAUUCUUCUACGAGUUUGGUUUGCUUCGUGAGUACCAGACGAAUUAGAUUAACUCAAUUUGUUUAAGAGUCUCAAAGAGCAGCAGCAUUCUACUCUUACAGUUUUGCAAAUAUCUAAAGCAACAUUGUAAUGCCGCCGAAAAAGCACAAUGGAUUCAUGAUGUUUGUCCAGGAAUGGCGCAGAAACGACGCGGAAGGCCGAAAAAUGUCCAUGGCGCAAGCCGUUAGUAAAUGCGGCGAAUUAUGGAAGGUAAGUACGCACAGAACAGACGACGGCAACUAUCUGAUGUGUUCCUUACAGAAAAUGGACGCACAGCAGCGAGGACCGUACAACGGAUCCGCAAAGGAAGCGGAUGUGGUAAUGCGUUGCAAGGUGGAGCGCAUGAACUGCCACGGCCAAGCCCUCUCCGCCGUGCAGCGCGAGGAGCGGGAGGCGGCCGAUCGCCAAAUGGGCAUGAAGCGCAAAAUUGAGCGCAUGGUGCUCGACGGCAAGGCGCAGCAUGAUCUGGAGAACACGAAGUUCAUUUUCGCGGCUUUCAAUUACUUCACCAAGGCAAUCACAAAUGAUAUAUACAUACCUGCUGAGUUUGCGGCAUGCGAGUUUUCCUUGAAGUCGGGCAAGACCUCGCUCUACAGCUCGCAUAUCAAUCCAGGUCAGCUUAUUUUUGGACAGGGCAGCGACACGCAGCAUCACACGUCGAAUACGCAUCAGUUGCCGCUGCCGCCGAAUGCAUUGGGAGAAGCAAACAUAGGCAAGCUGUACGUGAGCAUUGUAGAGUAUUUGCGUGGCUGCCAAGACGGCGCCGGGCAUCCCAACGAUCCGCUGGUGGUCUUUACAAGCUCCGAGCUUGUGCCUGUGGUGCGAGGCUGCUUCAGAUACCUGGAAAGCGACAGCGAUGAGGUGCAGGAGAACAUUGAGGUCUACGACAUACAGUACCUGUUCUAUGUGCUCAAGAAGGAGGUCAUGGACAUUGCAGAUCUGCCCAACGAUCAUAUAAACAAGAGCAUUACCGACAAUUUGUUCGUCAAUGAUUUUUUUGAGUAUCAUUCGGGCAUAUCGUGUCAGUUUCAUGAGGACAACGAUCGCGGCAAAUACUGCACCCAGUCGAAGGUUGCCCGUUGGUGUUACCUGUUCAGCGACUAUAUGUGCGGCGAUCUUGCGAUCAAACCGCUGCCUGGCAAGCAUAUGCCGCCCAAGCAGGAGCCCAGGUUCAGGGUGAUCAAUCCUGAAGAGACGAGUGAGAACAGCUCCUUCUCCAGAAUGACCAGGACUGAAAAGUCGAGUGGCAACAUCUCAUUCGCCUCAAUCAGCUCGCUUCAAACGGAAGUGAAGCACGAGAUAGUUGAUCAUUCGGCCUUUUCUGCCAACCUCAAUGCUUCGGAGGACUUUCCCACUCUUGGUGGCCGCCAAGGCAAGCGCAAUGCCGAGCCAUUGGCCAAAAGUUUCUCUACACGCACUGCAAAAGGCGUCUGGAAUGUGCCUGCCUCAAAAUGUACUGUUAAGGACUUGGGAGAUGCGUUCAACAUGCCCCGGCGAUAAGCAGAAGUUAAUCUUAAACUGACUCGAAUGCAAGCUCCAAGAUAUCGUCUUGAGCGUGAGCAUUUGUUAAUCUAUUUUCUAAUAAUUCUUAAAUAAAUCAUUUAUAUUGUUUUUGUUAAAUGAAAUGGCAUAUGAAGUUCAAAGAAACAAUCUA